AUGUCUAUCUCCAGAGACAGUCCAACACCAUCAUGGCUUGUGCAGGAGCCCGAAGGUCACGGGGCCCCCAAGACUCCAGGGCACUGGAAAACCAUGUGGGCAAGCGACUGCGCCAGGCUGGAAGAGGCCCACCACAGGGGGGAUGCCGAAGUCUUGGUCUACGGCAGAAAAUACGUCGUCGAUAUGAAGGCGCGGACGGUGAGGGCCCUGUACUGGGACGAGAAGCCCGCCGGGAAACCGAUCAUCCGCGCGACGUACUUCCUCGAGAAGGGCAGCGGCUGGCUGCCCUUCAGCGAGAAGGACGCGGAGCUGUUGGAGGAUGCCUAUGCCGCUGCCAAGGUGCAGCUUAGGAGCAAGACGUUUUCGGAGGCUGAAAUCCCCCUCUCCGAUGGGGAGAACAAGGUAGUGAUGACGAAGGUGAAGGCGGGCGAAUCCGUGGACGACUAUUUCGCGGACUUCGACAUCGAUUUGCAACAAAAACCGGUGAAGGUACCGUCGAUGUUGGUGUCCACGAUUUACAAGACCGCCUUUCAGGUCCGACGGGGCACGCCAGAGGCGAGCGGUUGGGGCGGCGUCUCAGCGACGGACGGGGACAUCCCGCUCGAGGGAGAGCCCCCGAAGCACCUCGUCUUCGUGAUACACGGUAUCGGCGAAUCGUUGUGGUCCAGGAAGUCGAGCGCGAUGGCCAGCUUGCGGGCGAGCAUGGGGCCGAUGCGGGACAUGUCUGCGGAGCUCCUGAGGGACCUUAAGAAGGCCUCAAAGUUGGAAGAGGCGGCCGCCGCCGCCGCCGCCGCCGCUGCCGCCGAAUCUACAGCCGCUGCCGAAAAGGACGACACGACGGUAGUGGAAGCAAAGGAAGACGACGCGAAAUGCUUUGUCACGAAAGCGGGGGGAGGGUGCGAGGCAAAGGGGGAGGGGGUUGGGUCGAAAGACAGCGAGGAGGGGGACAACGAUGGGGACGAGGAGAGCGGGGGAUACGUGGAGUUUUUGCCGGUGGAGUGGUUUCAUCAGGUGCACGGAAACGAAGCGGUGGCCGAAGGGAUGAUCCAGGAUAUCACGCUCAAAAACAUCCCGGGCUUCCGAGAUUUCGCCAGCCAGGCUAUCAUGGAUGUCAUGUACUACCUGACCCCAGACAUGCAGGUGGCAAUCCUGAAGGUGGUCGGGGAGCAGAUGAAUGAAAUGUGGAAUAAUUUCUGCCGGUUUACCCCCGACUUCUCCGGCAAGGUGUCGGUAAUGGGACACAGCCUUGGCAGCAUCAUUGCACACGAUAUCCUCAUGGCGCAGCCGGUGAAGGGAGAGACGCAGAUCGCCGAGGAUGCUGUCGGGAAGGACAUACCCCUCUUAAGCUUCUACCCGGAGGUCCUUCUAGCUUGCGGGUCACCGAUCGGGACGUUCCUCUCUCUCCGACAGUCCACCCUCGACAAGAAGAGGCUCUUCAAGUUCCACACCACCAACCGGUUCUUCAACCUCUACCACCUUUACGACCCGGUCGCUUACAGGCUGGAGCCGCUGCUGGACAAGCGACUCCGCGACCUUCAGCCCUUGCACGUACCACACCGAGGCGGCGACCGCAUCCACGUUUCGGUGAAGAAGUUCAACAGAGGCGUUAACGCAGCCAUCGGUCGGAUGACCAAGUCCACCGGGAAGGGGUGGAACAUCAUCCAGAGCAGCAUCAACACAACCAUCAAAUCCGCCAUCGGAGACCCAGGGACGACAAACAACGAAGAGCCCAUUGCGUCCGAAGAGGUCACCGAUGCCGAGGACGAGCUUGACGAACGGAUUGACUGGGUGAUCCAGGAGUCCACCCUGGAGGGGAUGCACCCCUGGGCUAGCGCGGUGUUCGCCCACAGCAGCUACUUCACCAAUUUCGACAUGGUGAUGUUCCUCGUCAACCGGCUCAACGAGGGCCUGGAGGGGGAGGGAGAAGAAGAAGGAGACUCCAAGGAGAGUGAGGAGGGGAGAAAAACAGACGAGGGUUCAAAGGCAGAAGAGGAGAAGGAAGAGGGAUCAACGAGAGAGGAGACGAAAGUACUGGAGUUGGUCGCGUGACGUUAGGAGUGUUGUAUAUAUUUCUAGCUUAACCGGGAACGGUGACCCCCUCUUUCCCCAAAGACGCCAUAUUUUCCAGUUUCUCUCGUGUUGUGAGUGUGACGAUAUCC